AAUCGGGAGCCUCGCGAAAGGGAAAGUGAAAAGUGCUAUUUUCUCUUUUUUCCUCUGCUCACCUCCUGCCAAGUGCCGCGAGACGUGGUCAGGAACGUGGAGAGUCGCCCUAGCCGCCCUCACGCGUCAAUGUUGAACAACCAACUGAGUCUGAUGGCUCAGUUUGAGCCCCAACUCUCGCCGGACAGACUGCCGGACUGCAUACAAAUCUCCAAUCCACGCAACUGCUUUGCGGUUUUGGCGCCCAAUCCGCUCUCCUUCCGGCCCGCGAAGCCCCACGCCGCCACCGCUCAGCCCGAGUUCAUCCCUCUGAGCGACAUCAAGACUGUCAACCGGGUGAAUGUCCGGAAAUUCCGGCGAAAUGCCAACGCCAGCGGAGCCGUGAGCCUGCUGAAGACUCGUCCAGGCAGUCUGGUGGUCAAGAUGGGCGACUCCGCGGGUGUCCUGCAGCGCUCCGAGGACGUGCGAUGCUACCUGCGCAAGAGGACCGCCACGGAGACGCCCGCGGCGGAUCCGGACGGCGCAACGGCGACCAAACGGCUGUUUGUGGUGCAAAACGGCGACUUGAAGCCCAUUCUCUCCUCCAACAUCGCCAAUUCCGGGGUCUUCCGGCCCAGCGAGCCCCGCCACCUUGUCCCAACCACGCCAGAGCCGCGCAACAUCAUCAUUGCCGACACCAUCCGGGGCGGCAUCAUGACGCCGCAGCACUACGAGGAGGAGCUGCGGCGGGCGAAGCCUCUGCAGCCCAGGAAGGUCCUCUACCGCGUCAUCCGGCCGACGGAUGUAAAUCUCUGUCCGGGAGUGGGCGUCGAAGCGCUGGCGGGCGCAGCAGCCGUCGUGGGAGCGACCAGAGGCCGAGUUGGGCGGCGCAAAGGGACGCUGAAGAAGCCGCCGACGAGUCUCCAUCAGCCCAACGCGGAGGAGGAUCCCGUGCCCACUGCCCGGACCCGCUCGGGGAGACUCACAAGACCGCCCAGACACAUUCAUCUCGACUACCGCGGGAAUCAGGUCAUCAUGCGCCCGGCCGCGCCCGCCGAAGUCACUGAACCUGAGGACAAGGCGGAGGCGGAUCGGGUGGCGAAGAAGCCGCGCAGCAUGUCGUGGAUGAUGGCCAGGCUGAAGUGCGAGCUGUGCGGGAAGUACUACGUGAGCCAGCAGAAGCUGGAGCGCCACUGGCUCACGCACUCGGAGCAGCCGUGCCAGGGCAGCGCCUUCGAGCACCUGCUGAAGCAGCUGCGCCGCGUGGCCGUGGAGAAUCGCGCCAAGGUGUUCGUGGAGGAGGUGUCUGACUUCGUGGAGCGCAUCCAGUUCCUGGCCAAGCGCCUACUCACCGACGAUCUCACCUUCCCGGCUCAGCUGGUGGACGAGAGCGCCGCGCGCGUCCUGGCCAUCCCCCGAGGCGCCUACAGAUUCAACAUGACUGCCCUGAACGCCGACGCCGAUCCAGUGGGAACGCCAGACGUGCAGCUCAACUCAGACUGCCAGCUGCCGGAGAUUCAGGCCGCGCUCGAGGACAGCUGCAUUGUGGACCCGAGCAAGAUCAACCUGGCCGACAUCAGCGACGACAGCCUGUUCCAGUCAGUGGAGGACCUCGUGCGCGAGAAGAUACGCAAUCUCACGGAGGAGGAUCUGGCGAACGCCGUGCCGCACUUCGAGUCGUCCGCCGUGGACUUGUCGCUGGAACUGUUCCAGUUCCAGAACAACUAGAGUCAGUGACUAAGCGUGUCUAUACUCAGCAUCUAGGAUAGACGAAGUGGACUGAAUGUGCGUCUUUCUUUGCUAUGUUAUCCAAUAUUGAAUUAUGUGUCUUGUGAGAUGAAUUGUAAAGAUGAUUGAAGUGGAAAAAUAAUGACGAAUGCAUUGGAAAA